AUGGGGAAGAAAGGAAGCUGGUUUUCUGCAAUCAAAAGGGCUUUCACACCACAUUCCAAAGAGAAACAACUAAGUAGCAACCAAGAACAAGAGAGUAAGAGCAACAAAGAAAAGAAGAAGAAAAGUUUUGGGAAGAAGCUAAAGAAUGGAGAAAACAAUACAUUUCUUACAAGUUUCAGACAACCUAGCAGUAUCGAAAAGAUCUUGGGUGAAGCCGAACGAGAGCAUAACCUUGUCUUCAGACCACCAACUCUCACGGAUCUUGCAAAGCCAUCAAUAACCUCUGCUCCAUCUUCUCUUGUUAGGCCUGCUUCUCCUAAAGCGUCUUCUCAAAGAUAUGUCGCUUCUCCAAGACCAAUUUCGCCAAGAACUACUUCCUCUCGACCACCUUCUCCGAAACCUCCUUCUCCAAGGAUUGUUCAGCGGCGUGAGUUUGUGCAUAGACCAGAGCCAACUCUACUUGUCAAAAAAGCUUCUGCAGUAAAGAUUCAAGCAGCUUUUAGAGGUUACAUGGCAAGGAUGAGUUUCAGAGCUUUGAAAGGUCUAGUUAGGCUUCAAGGAGUGGUUAGAGGACACAGCGUGAAGCGUCAAACAAUGAAUGCUAUGAAGUAUAUGCAGCUUUUAGUCCGUGUUCAAACACAAGUCCAGUCACGUCGCAUCCAAAUGCUUGAAAACAGAGCAAGGAACGAAAAAGACGACACCAAAUUAGCCUCUAGCCUUGCAUCUGAGGAUUGGGACGAUAGCGUGCUAACAAAGGAAGAGAAAGAAGCGAGACUUCAUAGGAAGAUUGAUGCAUUGAUCAAAAGAGAACGGUCCAUGGCUUAUGCAUAUUCACACCAGUUGUGGAAAGACAGUCCAAAGUCUGGUCUUGACAUUAGAUCAAAUGGUUUCCCACUUUGGUGGAACUGGGUGGACCGGCAGAAGAACCAAAACCAACCUUUCAGGCUAACACGAACACGACCAAGCCCUAACCAUAAACCUCAAACUAGCAGCAACCAAAAACAUUUCAGGCUCAGCAACAGUUUCGACAUUUCUACACCAAAUUCAUCAAGAUUCCUCACUCCCUCUAGACCCAUUCAUACUCCGCAGCCGUACAAUAGCCUCUCAAGAUACUCGCGAGGAGGAGGAAGAGGCUCACAAGAUUCUCUUUUCAAAGAUGAUGAUAGCCUCACAAGCUGUCCUCCAUUCUCAGCUCCAAGCUACAUGGCUCCAACGGUCUCAGCUAAAGCAAAGCUGAGAGCACACAGCAAUCCAAAGGAAAGAGUGGAAAGUACACAGGUCAGUACCAACAAUGAGAAGAGACGGAUGUCGUUUGGUUCGUUCAGAUGGAACAAAGGGUCUUUGUUCAUGAGCAGUAACAGCAACAGCAAACGUCCAGGUUCUUCUUCUGGUGCUGUGAUGCUUGAGAAGCAGAAGACACUUAAAUCCGUAGGAAAUUCGAGUAUUGAUUCCACUGUCUCGAUGCCUGCAACAUUUGGAAGGAGAUCUUUUAACAGAUUUGCGUGA